UUGGUUUAAAACCUUGCCAGACUCGUUCAUGAGGGCAGUCUGUCAGAGGGGCCACAGGGACAGGGUGCACCAGGAGCCUUUAUCAUACGCCCAACACACACACAAACACACACGUUGUGUUUGAGCCCAGGUGGACUGAGUCAUCGGGUCCUCAGCUUCGAGUCCGCAUCUGGAUCUGCAGACAGGCACGCCGAUAGGAUAACUACAGUGUCUUCGGCAGGAGAGGAGGAGGUGAAGCCAUGUCUGGAAGGAGGAGAACCAGUUUCUUGGGUGUGUCUGUCACAGCUCUGUUGGCUGUGAUUAUAUUACCUGCAUUCUUGUCUGCAGGACCAAUUGUGCAAAAGCCAAAAGGAGAUGUGGGAGAAAGUAUCCGCGAGACGGCGGCUGCUGCAGAGUCACACAGGAGGCUGAUCCGCAACCGCAGGAACAUCAGCUGGUACAAGCAGCACUCUGACUUCUGGAACUGGUACAAGUACUUCACUGACAACGGCAACCAGGAGGCAAUUCAGGAGAUGGACCGCAUCUACCUGGCCUACCUCCAGAACAAGAACCGUGCUGAGGGACGUCGCUCCUACAAGGCCUACUUGCGACACCUGGGGGAGAUCUACAAGUCCUGUGCUGAUUCUGAUGACCCUAACUGCGUGUCUUCCUCCACCAGCAGGCCCAAACCUAAGCCAGAGGCUCCCAAACCUGCACCAGUGAAAACCUGUGAUCCCACCAAGGACCCCUACUGCCUGUAUGCUGCUUUGGUCCAAGGCAAGAGCCCCUACCUGCCCCUGGUGCUCCCGGCUGCCGCCCCUGCCCCGGCACCAGUGAAGGCCCCAGCCCCUCUUUACGUCCGCUCUGCUGCUCCAGCAAAGGACCCACAAUCUGGAUAUUACUACUAUGCUCCAUCUGCAGUGCCUUUCCUUUCCAAGGAGCAGAAGGCCGAGCUGUUGCGUAUCUGCUCCUCUGAUGACGUGGAGUGUCUGCAGUACCACCUGAGAGCAGCCUAUGGGUAUGCACCCUCUGCUGGACCCCUGCCUUCCUACGCCCACCUGGGCUGUGACCCCAAAAAGGACCCCAGCUGCAAACCUAAACUGGUGCAGAAAGCCCCCUCUGGUCUCUACCUGCAGUACCCCAACUGUGAUCCACGGGAUCCCCUUUGUGCUCAUGCUGCCUCCCUUGUGGCGCCUCGUGCCCCUAACCCCCCUGCAGCUGCUGGCCCUGGAUCCUGCAACCCUCUUUUUGAGGAAGGCUGCAACCCUCUUACUGCCACCAGAUUUGCUACUCCCCCAGAGGCGUACAAAAGUGAGGAAAAAGAGGAGGCUGCUGCCAUUCGUGCCGCCCCUCCUGCUGCGCAGAAUAACGACCCCUAUGCCAUGUUCAGGGAUGCUUAUGCUAAUGCUAACAGAGUUACUGACCCCUAUGCUAUGUAUCGCCAGGCUAGCGCUCCAUCUGCCCCUCCAGCUAAUGACCCCUAUGCUAUGUAUCGCCAGGCUAGCGCUCCAUCUGCCCCUCAAGCUAAUGACCCCUAUGCUAUGUAUCGCCAGGCUAGCGCUCCAUCUGCCCCUCCAGCUAAUGACCCAUAUGCCAUGCUGCGCCAAUUCAUGGCCCAAGCUCAAGGUAAUGACCCAUAUGCUCCACGCAUGGGGGCUGCUCCACGCAUGGAGGCUGCUCCAGAGUUCAACCCCAAUGAUCCGUUCUCUGCAAUCCAUGAGGCAGCGUCUGCUAUGCAUCGCCAUGGUCCUCCCACCCCCAGGCAGCAGUUCCCUUUUUCCAAUCCCAGUUAUGAAGAGCCAGCUCAGGAGGAGCACCACCCUCUGGGCCCCCCAGGAAAAACCAAGGAGGGCUAUGACUGCUUCAUUGGCUACGAUCGUGAAUGCUACCCCGUGAAACCCACUGAGCCUCGCUCUGGAGUUCACCGCCGCAUCCCCUACUCUGCAGAGGCCUACGAGCCCCACCUGAAUGCUGAUGGCACCCGAAAUGGAGUCUUGGAGCCUUCCAACCCACACUGUGACCCUGAGUACGACCGAGACUGCCGCCUUCGCCGCUACGAGCCUCAGCCCGAGGCUCAGCCUGAGCAUCAUGCAGAGGAGGACCACAACCAGGGGGCAGCAGAGAGUGAGCACCAUGCAGAGCAGGAACAGGAGCAGUACGAGGCAGAGCCCUACCAGAGCGGGCAGGAGGAGCCUCACAUGUCCUAUCAGCCACUCUCGCAGGGUAUGCCCAGCCUGCAGGACAUACUGAGGCGCUACGGAGACCAGUACCCUGACCAGGAUGAUCACAGAGCCUAUGCAGAUGACUACCGCAAGAAAUAAACAUGACAACACACACACAUGCAUGCAGAUGGACAUGAAUACACAGUCCCGUGUGUUCCUGUAGCUUAGCCAUUGACCGCCUCAUGCAGCGCGCAGAAAGUCCUUCCUGGACCUGAUAUGGGACAUAAGAGAAGUCUAUGGACCCAAUGAGCAAGUACAUGCACGUACAUCCACACAUAGCUUGCAGCUGUAGGAGCAAGCUCAGAGAGCCGAGGGUCUUCCAGCAAUGUUUUCAUUUCUUUAGCUAAUUUAGACCUGUUGCUCUGGCCUGUUGCUUUCCAGUUUCCACCUCCUCAAACCACUCGAAUGUGUAAUACCUUCUCAAUGCUCAGCUUUGCUUCUGUAUCUAUGCAUCUCACGUUUUUUAUUGUUUUGUUGCUUUUUGUCAGUGAUGGAUUGUGUAAAGUUUUUUUUUUUCAUUUUGAAUGUUCUAAUAAAGAGCUCUAGAAAGCUGU